AUGCAAGAGCUAGACGAAGAAUUACCCUCCGUAACUACAAGAAAAGAACACCGUACAGCCUCACUUAUUCCAGAAUUUGACCCCGAUAGUGAAGUAUGUAGUACCGCAACAGCGUGGCUCAAAAAAAUAGAUCAACUAGGCGAAAUUCACGGCUGGAGCGGAACUACAAAGUCGUUUUACUUGCAGCAUAGACUAAGAGGUCAAGCCAGACGAUGGUACAAUCGGCUUGAUGAGUACAAUUAUUCCUGGCAAGAAUGGAAGCAGAUGCUGACGCGUGCUUUUCCCAAACAUCACGAUUUCGGGAACAUGUUAGAAGAGAUGAUGAGCAAAAAGAAACUACCAACGGAAUCGAUAGCGAAAUACUACCAAGACAAAGUGGCCAUGUGCUUCCGGUGUAAGUUGUCUGACAGCGCAACAGUCUCCUGCAUCAUUCGUGGUCUACCAUCAUCACUUCAAGUGAAUGCGAGAGCAUUUCAGUGCGAGCAUGCCGAAGAAUUAUAUGAAGGGUUUCUCUGUGCGCUGGAUGAUUAUCAACCGCCGUCAACGUCAAUUAGAACACGUGUGCAAAAUAAAGAUGCUUACGAUCGACAGGUAAUUGAUAAAAAAUACACGCCUAUUAACCCUGACAUUGACCCGUGUCCGCGCUGUAAGAAGACCGGCCACAUAUUACGUAACUGCCCAUAUCCAGAUUCACGAACAUGCUUUAAAUGUGCACAUUGCUACGCGCUGCGGAAUCACUCCGAAACCUUCGCCACUGGCUGA